UGUGGGGUCAACAAUGUUGUACCUUGCAUGAAAGACGACGAUAAGUUGAACAAAACAAAAGUAAACUUCAAAUUUAUAAAUUAAUAGUUGUUUUUUUUUUAUAAUAUUUUUGUAACAAUAGUGUUUAAAUGAUCUCAGAUACAAAUAAUGAUUAAACUUGAUCUUUUUUAAAAUAAUUUGACGAUUAGACGUUAGGGGAUUACAAUGACGAGGAGAUAAGCGAGUUUGUUAAAAUCAUAGAUCUAAAAUUGAGAGAUGAACUUACGAAAAAUCUUCGGAAAAAUAUGUGUGCCGAUGAUUCGGUCGUUUUAAAGAAUUCGUAUUAUUGCGUGGCAACGCUUUGCCCGUGUAUGACGAAGAAUUAUGGUUUGAAUGGACCUCUCAUACUUGGACCAUUUAAUUUUGGUCCACAAAAUGAACAGAUCAACGUGUGUCAAAACAAAUUAGAUCAAUCGGAAAGUAUCUGCAGUUCUCUUGAUAGUAUUAACUCUUUUCAUUAUUCUGAUUGCAUCGCUGACAGUGACACCAAUGAUUGUAAUGAUUCUACAAAUUUGUCCAGUGCAUCUUCUCAGAACGUAAUUUGCCCUAAAUUAGUUGAAGUAAGUGUUUCUGUAUAAUCGUGGAUUAAUUUAUUAUCAUUAACAAAGAAUUUUCCGGAUUUAAGUGCAACGAAACUGAGCUAUCAAGAAAAAUCACAAAAUGCAGGAAAAAAACACCUAUUGUACUUGACCAUCAUUGCAGUUAUGUUUCCUUUCCCGACAAAAGAGCGGAAGAACAUUUGGAAAAAUCGUAUUCAAAAAAAUCAGAAGAAGUUGCUAAAUGGGGUAAAUGUGGUGACGUGGUUGAUUCUGUUUUCUACGAACGGGAUGAAAGAAUAAAAAUAUGUGAAGAAAUGGGUCUUAAUAUAAAAGUUACUGAACAAGAUUCGAAGAAAGUUUCUUGUAAACGUAAGAACGCUGACGAAGAUAAAUUUUUGUUAACUCGUGUGUGUGGAUUGGAUGAACUAUGUAAAUCGAAAUUGCGUUCCUGUAAAAGAAAAGAAACAGAGGAUGAUGUAUCUAAGCAUAUUUGCAGUAAACCGUCGCAUACUUGUCGAGUUGGUUUCGAUGGUGCCUGCAUUACUGGGGAUGACUUUGAUAACUUGGAGAGGUUUCACGAUAUUGGAAGUUAUGGAUUUGCUAAACUUUGUCGGAAACUUUUUAAAUGGGUCCAUUGUAUAUCUAAAAAUUGGCACGAUUUGAGAAGUUAUCCCCACAUCGUCGUUCAUUUGCCUUCAUUGAAUUACAAUAACGAAUUGAAAUGUAGAGCAAGAAAAACCUUUGAUUAUUUGCAAAAUAUUCAAGUUAUCGAUCUUUCACGUAAAUUCUAUUGUUCUAUCAAAACUUUAGUAGGUCGAGUAGGGUGGCUAGAUGAUCCAAACGUUGAGGUAAUUUAUGUUUUCCCGACACCACAAAGUGAAGAAUUGUUGACCAUGUUGCGAGAUUUAAUAAUUAGCGUACGUCCGGAUGUUGAUGUAUCCAAGAGAUUGUUAAUGUUACGACCAGAACCCAAAUGUCUUAUGAAAAAAUGUGUCAGCGGUAGUGCAAAUUUAUUUUUUUCACCUGACGUUUAUCGAAGAGUCAGAUCCUUGACAGCUGGUAGACAUGCGUUCAUUUUAUCUGGAGUUAUAGAUCAGAACAAUAUUUUUAUUGCUUGCGAGUUGAAAAUACCGAUUAUGGGUCCGCCAUUGCAGUUUCAAAAACGAUUAUCAAGCAAAUCAUACAUAAUGGAAUUAUUGGACGUUAAUAAAAUUCAGCAUCCUCCAUUUCUACACGUUCACAGUUUUGGUCAGUUGUGCAGAGGCAUGGCUGUUAUGAUAAUCCAAUAUCCAAUGUACAAGACGUGGUUCGUAAAAAUAGAUAAUGGCUUUUACGGAUAUCAAACUGCUAUAGUUCGUUUCAAAACAGGUAUACUUGGUAGUGUGAUCAGAAACAUAGAACGAACGGGCAAUAUAAACGAAAAUUAUUUGUGCAAAUUGUUGGCUGAAAUUUUGCCCAUAGAAAUGCAAGUACAGAAAUCGAUUUAUCCGAAUCAUAAAGAAUUUUUUCACGAUUUGGAAUCGUUCGGUGGUAUAAUACAAGCUUGUCCAAACAAUUAUUACGACGUUUUAAGCAUCGGUGUGUUCAUCGAACAUGACUUGGCUAAACCCGUUAUUAUCACAGCUGCAGAAAUUAUUCACUUUGGUCGAGACAUUAGAAACGAUAUGGCAUAUUUCUUACCUCAAAAUAAACUUCUUCGUAACGAGCUCGAUCAACUGGUGAACAAUGUUGGGACAAUUUUACGAAACGAACACGUUGUUGGAUACUUUGGCAUCGAUCUUGUUUCUUUUCGUGAUCAAUUUGACGUUCAACAGUUUUGGGUGAUAGAUAUAGAUCCAUAUUAUACUGAUUUAAUAGCAUUCAGCGAUUGGGUAAAAUUUUGUGUUGGUUCGUCUAAGGAUGGUAACGCGAAGUAAGUUUCUAAUUACAUUUUUAAAGUAGAUGAUUUUAAUUUGAUAUUAAAAUGAAUUUGCACUUAUCGUAGAUACACGCAACAAAAUACGAAUGAAUCGAAGGUCAGUAACAUAACCGAAUUGUUAAUCAAAGUUAACAGACACGCUAUUUGCUGUGGUAAACUUUUUGGCACCGGUUUGUCAAAAUAUUGUGGACAAACUUUAAUUAAUCUCUGCAAACAAAAUCAAAUAUAUUACGACAAUCAGGAAAAAGUAGGCUGCA